AUGAACGUUGACAUUAAGAACCAGAAUUCAGUCACGUUCUGUCUUUCAAAAGACCUGAAAAUUCCGUUCAAAUUUAGGGUUAUAUCUAUAGAUGGAGAUACAGAUGCCCUCUCCAACACUGAACUGGUGGAUCAAUCGCCCGUGUCCACCCUGCUCAAGUCCAAAGCUGAGCAGCAGCCGUUGAAGGAGGUGUUCAGCAUGGCGGAGAUUGUUUCUGCUGAGAAACAGCUGAUUGUUCCCGUGGUCACUCCACUACAGUAUAUGAGCUCCGAAACCGGGGCUAAGGCCGCAGGUCUGUCUGUGAGUCCAGGAGUCACAGCUAGCUCUGGCGUUGCAAAUAAGAGAGGGCAACCACAAAAAGGAAAAUCCAAUUCUUGGGUGACUUUGCCGAUCAAUUAUAGCCAGCUGCCGCUAGACUCUGUUCUGCGGAUUGUCUUAUUUAAGUACCAUAAGAAGACAGGUGCCAAGGUUGUGGUGGGAUUAUCAGAGCUUCAAUUGUUUAACCUGCAGGGGGGCAAGGAUGAUGAUCCUGUUUGCACGCUGAAAAAGGGCCAUCAGAAACUGAAACUGAAGUUGUCACCUAAAUAUAGAUCUUCGGUUUCUGCUUCUUCUGAACCUGAGACCGUCAGCUCGAAGAUGGACCAACUUGAAAAGACUCUUAAGAGCCACGAAUCGGGAGACAUUGUUUCUGUUGAUUGGCUUGACCAAUUGUCUUUUCGUAAGAUUGAACAGAUCAAUUUUCAGCAGAUGAGCUCGAGAAAGAGAACGGUGAUAUCCUCGAAGACUGAUCCAGAGUGCUAUAUUCACCUUGCCCUUGUCCAGUUUGACAUGCCAGUGGUUUACUUGGACUACAAGUACUCCGUUUUGAGUAUUCCUACUUUUGAUCCGCACGCCCUGGGAUUGAGUGCUUAUGGGGCCAACCAUAGUGCUAGUGGUGCUGAUGAAAACAUGGGAAGUCUUGUGAGUGCAAACGGAACCAACGAUAUCAUGGCCAGCAACAUUGAGAGCUCCACCAUGAAUGUCAACGUUGCCGUGUUUGAUCCCGAUCAGUAUCGAGACAAUAUCAACGAGGACCCGAUCGAAAUCAAGUUCAGAAAGCUUGAGAGAAUCCACCAAUCGUCACCUUUGGACAAGGAUAUCAAGCCAACGCUUAAAGUGCGGUCUCAGAUAUCUUCGAUACUCAGAAAACAGUUUUUUGAAAAGCUUUCACCACAAGAAAAGAAUCUCAUUUGGAAGUUCCGAUACUUUCUUUUGAAUAACUUGUUUCUGAACAAGAACACCAUGGACUUCAACAACUUUAUAAUAAACUUCAUCAAGUGUGUCGACUGGGACGAUGACUUUGAAGUCAAAGAGUUUUUGACUAUUAUCAACGAAAUGGAAGUCCAGCAUUUGGGCGAUGGAGCGAGACUAGGAAUUGUCGAGAGAAGGCCUGAUGUCUUUGUGGGGAAACUGGAAGUUGUCGAUUGUCUAGAGCUCCUGAGUGCCAACUACAGGAACCAUAUUGUCCGUAAGAUGGCUAUUGAAAGACUCGGCUCGGUUAGCGACGAUGAGCUGGAAAUGUAUCUGGUUCAAUUGGUUCAAUGUAUCAAAAACGAGGCUAAUUAUGUGACGCCGACGGCGGAUAAUGAUGAUGUACAGGGACUGGAUGAAGACAAUUUUGAAUUCGGUUCAACCUCUGGUGUUGGAAGCACUACUACCAACGCUAGUUCUAGUGACUAUCAAUUUGUGGAAAUUGGUCAGACUGAAGAUCCUGCCUUGAAGAUGCUGGAAGAUCCCAAGAUCUUCUCGCGCGACCAUCAGCAAAGUCUUUUGCGGCAACUUCCCAAACUCCAGUCGCCAUUGGCGAAAUUUGUGAUAUCUCGAGCAUCAAAAAAUGUGAGGCUUAUGAACUUUUUCUAUUGGCAUCUUAAGGUUGAAGUGGAUGAUGAGACCGAAGAGCUUAGUACGAGGCUCCCUGCAAGACUCCCAUUAGAUGAGAAUGAGGUCGCAAUUGACAAUAAUAUCAUUGACGACUAUCUCAAUGGAGAUAGGAACACUUAUGUGCGAACUGCCGGUGAUAGGCCAUUGAAUGGCUCAAGAAAUGAACAUCAUAGGAUUUUUCGGAAAACACAACUGCACUUUAUCCUGCAUCUCGCAAUGUCUGAAGAAGGUAGUGAGAAGAUCCUGAUACUAAGAAAGCAAAUUGACGUCAUUGGCAAGCUACAUGAGAUAGCUCUGAAAAUCAAAUUUGAUUUCAAAAAAGAGCCCACUCCAAAGAAGGUGGAGUUGUUAAAAGGUCUUCUCGUCGAGAAGCAGAAGAAAAGAACCACUAAAAGAAAACUCAGCGUCGCUUCUGGUCAGAAUAGUAACUUUUCAUUGGGGAAAGGUGAAGACAAUUCUCACCACAGUCAUUUUUCACUUCUCGAAUUUGAUGCUGUGCCUUUGCCGCUUGAUCCUUCAGUUGUGAUCGGUGGGUGUAUUCCUGCCCAGUCAAGCGUCUUCAAGAGCAGUUUGUCUCCACUGAAAAUCACGUUCAAGUCACUAGAUGAUCAAAAAUAUCCUGUCAUGUACAAGAUUGGUGACGAUCUGCGUCAAGAUCAGUUCGUGGUUCAAAUCAUCACACUCAUGGAAAAGAUUCUCCAGAACGAGAACCUGGAUCUCAAGUUGAAGCCCUACAAGAUUUUGGCCCUUGGUCCAGUUGAAGGAAUGAUCCAGUUCAUCCCCAACGAGUCUUUGUCGUCCAUAUUGGCGAAGUACAACAACUCCAUUCUUACGUUCCUCCAGCAAAAUAAUCCAGAUUUGACAUCUCCUUUGAGAGUGCGUCCUGAGAUUAUGGAUAACUACGUCAGGUCAUGUGCAGGGUACUGUGUGGUAACUUAUAUUCUGGGUGUAGGAGACAGACAUUUGGAAAAUCUAUUACUGACCAAGGAUGGAUAUUUUUUCCACGCAGAUUUUGGAUACAUUCUAGGACAGGACCCCAAACCUUUUCCUCCGCUUAUGAAACUUCCUAUUCAAAUCAUAGAAGGAAUGGGUGGCUUGGGUGAUGAAAAUUACAAGAAAUUCUGCAACUACUGCUUCAUCACAUAUAUCACACUUCGCAGGAACUCAAGUCUGAUUCUAAAUUUGUUCCAAUUGAUGAUUGACUCGAGUAUACCCGUCCUGAAAACCAGUGCAAGCUUGGAUGGAAGCUUCAGGAAGGAUAUAUCUAACGAAACUGAAAAGUUAGAGCUAAUUUUGAAGAUUCAGGAAAAGUUCAUGCUAGAGCUUAAUGACGAGGAAGCGAUAUUGCACUUUCAGAACCUUAUCAACGAUAGCGUGAAUGCGUUCCUGCCAGUUGUGAUUGACCGUCUACACAGUUUAGCCCAGUAUUGGCGUUCAUAA